CUUCGGAGGCUGGCGCUUGCGCCUCUUCCCCAUCACAUCCUACUGCCCAAAAUAGCCAACCAGAACUGGAGCUGUCUGAGACGAGGGGGUGUAGUCCUGCAUCAAUCGCGUCUAUUGUGUCUUCACAAGUCACACUGCAUUGCAUAGGUAUAUAUGUCUGCUUAGUGGCGCUUCUCUCGACGGCCGCCGCCGUUGUGCACUAACCCCACACGAGAGUCACCAUCCCAACGAAGCGCCGCUUCCUGUUCUAUAUAGCCGCAGUUCCCUUCUUUCCCCAAUAUAUUCCAUUGCUACUGUUCCCCCUUCUUUUCUUGGAACCGGUUGUUUUACUCUGGCGAUUCCAGUUUUUCGGGAGGCCGAGGCCGUUGUUUGAUCCUUGUACCCACCGGACUGCUUGCUAUCAAGUCGGUGCCGCUCCGUUGUCUCAUACAUCCCAUCUUUACUUGAGCAAUACAUCACUUGGUCGAUAUGGCUACUCAAACCGGGACCGCCUCGAGGAGGCCCAAGUUGUCCUUGUCCAUCAAGACAUCACCGGCUCCUCACACAAGGAUUAAAAAGUCACUGUCUGUUGUCGACCCCAGGGAUCCGACAGCUUUCAACACUCUCUCCAAUGUCUAUGUAACCGCCAUUGAGAGGUCAACGUCUGAGCCGCUGACUGCCAUCGACACUUCGCAACAACAGCCUUCGCGCUUGAAGACGGGCCCGAAGCCUCCCCAGCUACGCAUCCAAACACCGUAUGCCGUCUCAUACCCCGAGACACCGUUGACCGCACAUCCCAUUUCCCCCGGUGUUGUGACGGAGAUGACCUUUCCGAGUACCAUGACCGCAACCCCGCCCCUGUCGGCUGGUCCCAUGGACUCGAACGGCCCUCCGAUGUUUGGGUUCUCUCCAAUCGACACAAGGACCCCUUUGACAGCAAUCGGAGUCACCAAUCCGCCAGAGCCGCGUUCCCAGCGGAAACGCAACAACCUUUGCCUGUCGGGCUCGAAGCUGCCAUACACUCACCCUCGCUCCCUUCACAGUAUUCUUCGCAACUCGCCUCUUCCUCCUCCGAGUGCGAAGACGCCCAUAUCACCGCGGCGCCAAUCGCUGCGCCUGCAGGAAAAGGCAGCCCGCCGGGUCGCUUACAACAGCCCGAUCGAGCAAACCAUCAUCACGGAAACAUACACCAGGUCUCAUAUUGACUUACUGGCCGAAGAUGUGUCACCGGCGUCACCGACCCCGGCCCAGGAACCAAACAACGUCCUCGACCUUGCCAUGGCUUUCACGAGCGACGAAACGCGCGACGGCGGCAUGACCCCAGGGCCAUUCGAGGAGAUGAGGCGGCGAAUGGCUGGGCUGGCAGCCAGCUCGCCGACGGCAAGCCCUUCGGGCGGGAUCAGGAAGCGGAAGCGGAAGGAGAAGAAGCGCCGCUGGGUCUGGACCAUAGGCAAUCAAGAGGAGGAUGAGGAGAACCUAGGCGGGGCAGUGGCGGCGUUGCGGGCGGCCGAAGCGGCGGGACAAAUAUCAGAGCCUGCCCAAAAGAGGCAUACGGCGCCGGCGGUGCAGGCCUGCGGAGAUCUCCCGACGCCUAGCAUCGAGACGUUUGAGGAGGCCGGCGAUAUUGACAUGUCAGACAUGAGCAGCGUCUCUUGCGAUCAGGGCCUCACGCCGGGGGAUAUGGAUCUUGAUCUAACGACGCCGACGGUGCCCAAGCGCCUCGUGUCACAGAGCGACUGGCUUGGAUCAGCGGACCUGAUUAACCCGGAGACCGGUAGCAGGCGGGACACGCCCAUACCUUCAGAUAUGGCGGUCCGUUGACGCGGUGGUGGUGGACUGAAUGUUAUCUAAUUUGCUUACGGUUGAAAGCGCUUGAGUCUCGCAUUGGGUGGUGCUUGGAGUCGUCGAAAACGUGGCUUUGCGGGUGUAGGAUAUGUACUAGUAAUCACUUUCAGGCUAAUGAUAACACGAAGCAAUAUGACCAUCAUGCCCUUCCUUGUUCAUACCUAUGAUGAAUGGCUGUGUGGUUUCCCAAGGCGCAUUGGAUCUAGGGAAUGGCGUGGGAUAGGGAUUCAGCGGUCUCCGCCAAGCCCCUGCGGAUGUUUGGGCAGCGAACUUCGCCGGCAAGGUGCCAAUCAAACCGGCAUGAAGUACAAACCGGCCAAUGGAUUGGCCCAGAGACGCAUGAUGAGGUAAGCCCGGCCGGCAUUCGGAAACACCCACCUUAUUGUCAGAAGCGGAGACA